AUGGCCGCAUGCGACAAGCAUCUUCGGUGCAGUUUCUGGCAUUCCUGCACAGACGCGCCGUUCCAAGCAACAGCCGCAACACCGCUAUACAUAAAGAACGCGACUGUGCUACCCGUGAAUAUACCCGACGAUCCCGUCGCCAACAUUGGGGUUGGAGCCCCCACGACGGGGCAGAGCAAAGCGACGACCGCAACCCGCCCCAUUCCAGCCAAAACGCUUUCCGCGCCAUCCACAGGAGCCGCCACGGGCACUCUUGAUACUCCAAAGAAGCCUCCAGUUGCCUUCAAACCAAAGCCUCCAGUAAUGGGAGUUAAGAAGCCCGUAGUUAAGAAAAUGUAG